CAGCACCUCCCUCUCUCUCUCUCUCUCUCCCUCUCUUUCUCUCGUGCAGACAGAGGGAAGACAGAUGAACAACAUGCAUACAUGUGAGGACCUCCUGCACUGCCGGGACACGGCAGGGCUGCUGAGGGAAGAAGAGGAAGACUAGAGGAAUACUGUAGCAUCUUUUCUCUGCUUCUCUGCUUUCAUCCCCCCAUCUCACUCACUGCCACUUAAACCAUGAACCUGCCUGCUGCUUGUUGCUAAGGGGGAGCCGGUGGUGCGAGCAGAGUGGACCCGGCGCGCCUGUGUUUCUAAGGACUGAGGGAAAAUGGCAGAGGGGUCCAAAGACCAGGGAGGUGUGAGCACCGCUGAUCCAGAAGAAGAUUCACCCAACAUGAUCGUCUACAGAAAGAUUGAAGACAUCGUUACACGAAUACAAGACGAGAAAGCGGGGGGCGUUGCCAUCCGAACAGUGAAAAGCUUCUUAUCCAAGAUCCCAAGUGUCGUAUCAGGGGCAGACAUUGUUCAGUGGCUAAUGAAAAACCUCUCCAUAGAGGAUCCAGCUGAAGCCAUCCACCUCGGAAGUCUGAUCGCUGCACAUGGUUACAUCUUCCCCAUCUCUGACCACGUCCUCACACUCAAAGAUGAUGGAACCCUUUAUCGCUUUCAGUCUCCAUAUUUUUGGCCUUCAAAUUGUUGGGAACCUGAGAACACAGACUAUGCCAUUUACCUGUGCAAGCGCACAAUGCAGAAUAAAGCCAGACUGGAGCUGGCAGACUACGAGGCUGAGAACCUCGCCCGGCUGCAAAGGGCUUUUGCCAGGAAGUGGGAGUUUAUCUUCAUGCAAGCAGAGGCACAAGUCAAGAUUGACAGAAAAAAGGACAAGGCAGAGAGGAAGAUCAUGGACAGCCAGGAAAGAGCGUUCUGGGAUGUCCAUCGACCGGUGCCGGGCUGCGUCAACACCACCGAGAUGGACAUCCGAAAGUGUCGAAGAGAAAAAAAUCCACACAGGGUAAAAAAGUCGGUGUAUGGCAUACCGGAUGACGGGCAGAGCCAGCCGAGUCCUGUGCACGCAUCUUCACAGCUGGCGAGAAAACCGACCAAAGAGGACGUCCAGAAGGAGAUCACCUUCCUGAACACCCAGCUGGACCGACACUGUAUGAAGGUCUCCAAGGUGGCCGACAGUCUGAUGUGCUACACGGAGCAGUUUAUGGAAUACGACCCAUUUUUGUCGACUGCAGAACAGUGCAACUCUUGGAUCAGCGAUGAUGCUUCCUUCUGGGAGUUGGAGGCAAGUCGUGACCCGAGCCAACAGCGAGUGAAGAAAUGGGGCUUCUCCCUUGAGGAGGCCCUGAAGGACCCGGCUGGCCGAGAACAGUUCUUGAAGUUCCUGGAGUCGGAGUUCAGCUCAGAGAAUCUGCGGUUCUGGUUAGCAGUGCAAGAUCUAAAGCGACGCCCAUUCCAUGAAGUGGCGUGCAGGGCGCAGCAGAUCUGGCAGGAGUUUUUAGCCGAGGGAGCGCCAAGCUCCAUCAACUUGGACUCUCACAGCUACGAGCGCACCAGCCAGAAUCUCAAAGACCCUGGACGAUACAGCUUUGAGGACGCUCAGGAGCACAUAUUCAAGCUAAUGAAAAGCGACAGCUAUGCACGUUUUUUGCGAUCCAACAUCUAUCAAGACCUCCUGUUAGCCAGAAAGAAGCAGCCAGCAGACACUGAGCAGGGCCGCCGCACCUCCUUGGAGAAGUUCACCCGCAGCGUGGGCAAAUCACUGACGGGAAAGCGCCUGACGGGUUUGAUGCCAUCGUCCUGACAUAGCCUGUGCUGGAGGGGUGCAGCCAGACCCUGUUGGAGGGGUAAUGGCAAUACAGGGGCAGGGAUGUGGAGCAGGGAAUGGGUCCAGGCAGUGCAGCUAGGCUGGACAGGGCUUUUCUAGAGGCUCUCAGACACUGCCUUGAGGACUGCCGCCAUAUUGACAAGGCAGCACUGGACCUGCUGUGGUUAAAACCCCAAACAGAACUGCUGGAGUAAAGAUGAGGGGAUCUGGAGUCAACACACCCCAUCGUGACACGCAGCAAAGAGCUAAAGAACAUUCAAAGUCUGGCUGCCCUAUAAGUGUCGCUACGGUUAUUAAGCUUGUUGACAAUGAUGAUCCGUUCAUACUAUUGCAUUUUGUUUUGGACGCUGAGUAAAACUUCCAACGCUUCUGAUCUCUAUUGACAUUCUUAUGCAUAGAGUAUGACCAACCAAAAAGUCACCUUUCAUGUUAAUAAAGUUUACGCCAUCAACAAACAUGCUAAGUUGCACAAAGGAUCCAGCUGUUGUGACAUCAUGUGCAAAAA